AUGAAGGUGUCUGUGGUUGCCCUCGCCAUCCUCAUCGCUGCCUUCUGCUACCAGACCUCUGCUGCUCCACUUGGCUCUGACCCACCAACCUCCUGCUGCUUCUCCUACACCUCCCGACAGCUGCCCCGCAGCUUUGUGAAGGAUUACUACGAAACCAACAGCCAGUGCUCCCAGCCUGCUGUCGUGUUCAUCACCAGGAAGGGCCGGGAAGUCUGUGCCAACCCGAUGGAGGACUGGGUCCAGCAGUACAUGAAUGAGCUGGAGCUGGACUGA